AUGACCUAUUUUCCUUUCUUGAUCACCGAACAUGUCAUCGAUGGUCAAUAUAUUCGAGAAUAUCCACGGGCCACUGUGUCCCAGUCUGCUCGCCUGAAACUGGCAAUCAAGAAGUACACCCCGAUCGACAACACGAACCCCCAACCUGGCGACGUGACAAUUGAGUUAUAUGAACCACUGUGGGAAGACCUCCUGGCACAAAGUCACGGGCAAGGGUUUCGAAUUGGAUCUAUCUGGAUUGCUGAUACGGCGAAUCUCGGUGCCAGUGGUAUCAUAAAUGAGAACGACUUGGGUGACGACCCAUCAUGGCUGGAUCACAGUCGUGAUCUGCUAUUGGACAUGGUCCCAUGCUUUCAUUACUCUCUCUCAAGAGGCGCGAUACAUGGCCUUCCCGAUCUGCAGCUAUCGAAUCUGCAAAAAAGACACAAACGAUGGGACCCACGUGUCCUUGAGCGAUGGAUACAACAUGCAUACCGUGAUCUCCCUACCGUUCUUUAUCCCCGAGGCGACACGGACGAUAUCUUGUAUCUGAACGCGAGCGAUCCUCCAGUGACGUUAGCCAGUUCCAAGCAUCAAGAAGUCAUGCAAUAUAUCCGACCUAACUUCGGAGUGGUCAGGUUAUCAGGGCAAAGGAAGCCAGAGAAAUCUUCGUCGCAUGGUAUCCUAGACCAGCCUGACGUGAUUGGACCUCCUAUCAAAACAACACCCUUCUACCGAAGUGAGCCUGCAAUUGCUUGGAAACUCCUUGAGCACAUUCGACCCUCGGUCCUGUAUAUUUUCGGAGAACGGAGCCCAAUAUCGACAGCAUACAUUCGUACUGAACUGACACAGAGGACGGGUGCAGGUAUCGGAGGCAAUGGUGGAAUCGAUAAGUCGAAGGUGAAGGAAUCUCUUAUUGCGCGCUCGGGUCAUCAAGCUCCCCUGGAGGACGUAAGAGCUACAGCAUCGUCGAUUGGGGAGUGGAUCGGGCCAGCUGUGCGCGAAUGGAAAGAACUUGAAGAGCGCAUUGCUCAAACAUGGGAGAAUCAGACUGCGAAGGAUAAGUUGAGUGUUUCUGUCGAGUGGCUGCCUUACCUGGAAUCCGCCUGUCGAUUGCCUGCACUUGAGCCAUCGAAGCUCUAA